UGAAUUUAAUCGAUUCAUUUCGUUGGUUUUUGUGAUCGACACAUCCCAAAUGAUGGAGUUCUUUUUACACUACAUCACCGCGGACAUAAAAUACAAUUUCUGGUGUAAAGAAGAUGGUCAUCAAUUUCGUGAGGAUUGGGUGAAGUGUCGGAUAAACGUGAAAUAUUUCGACUCGCCAAACAUUCAAAUCAGUUGCUAUCCAGUGAACCAUUAUGAAACGAUUCCGCUAAAUGUUGACAUCAACUUCGCCGACUUUCGUUUCGAAAAAGCCGUCGAAAUGUAUGGAACCAAAACAAAUGCGUUCGUUCUGCUUUGGACGCAGCAUGAUCAAUCGAACGAGUUUUAUAUUGCCAUCGAAGACGAGACGCAGUUCAAAAAUUACGAGAGUUACUUGAAUAACCUGAUGAAAAUAUGCCGAAUCGCUGAAAAUGAACGUCUAGACGCUCAAACUGUCGAGCCGUCAUCAAUUUCGUACCAAAAUGUGGGUG